GUGUUAGCUGCACGCUGUCCCACAGCCCAGUACAAGUGAGUAGAGCUCACACUGACAGCACUUGUGGCGCUUGGGGAGAAGGAACGUCUAACUUCUCAGUGACUUCUUCCUUGUGUCCGUGUGCCUGACACCUAUACUGGGCACACGCACACACCCAGCGCUCGCCAUUACAUAUCUCCGGCGGCGCUUUGGAAACUUUCCCGGGAGUUUAUAAGAACUUUUGUGGCGUUCGGAGUACGAGGACCUCUUUGCUGCUAGAGACACAAAGUAAGUCGCAUUUAUUUCUGUUAUGUGCCAGGCUGGGAGCAGUUGUGCUUGAACUCUCACUACGGGACACUGCCAGUUGUAGUUCGGCAGGCGAAGCAUAAGUUCCAUUUAGAAGAGGGGUGGAGGUGCCAUGGGGUUCGGUGUGUCAGCUAACAACCUGUUCGCUCUUCUCUCUAGGCUGGUGCUGGUGUCACACUAACGUAAGGUCCAGUCAUCGUCCCUGUCCGGCAUCCGUUCUAUGACUGCAAGGAUGGAACCUACUUUCUACGAAGAUGCCCUGAGUGCUGCUUUCGCCCAGCACGAUGCUACUCCCUAUGGUUACAACAAGGUGCUGAAGCAAAGCAUGACCCUGAACCUGUCGGACCCCAGCAGCGCCAUCAAACCUCACCUGAGAAACAAGGCAGCUGAACUGCUCACCUCCCCUGAUGUUGGGCUUCUCAAGCUCGCCUCCCCGGAGUUGGAGAGGCUUAUCAUCCAGUCCAGCAAUGGCAUGAUUACCACCACCCCGACCCCCACCCAGUUCCUGUGCCCCAAGAAUGUCACAGACGAGCAAGAAGGCUUUGCAGAGGGGUUUGUUAGGGCACUGGCAGAACUCCACCAUCAAAACAACUUGCCAAGUGUAACCACUGCCACCCAACCUGCCAGCACGGGACUGACACCUGUAUCUACUAUUGCUGGAAACACUGGCUUCAACAAUAGUCUUCACAACGAGCCCCCUGUGUAUGCCAAUCUAAGUAACUUUAACCCAAGUACCAUCACCACAUCAUCGCCUUUUAACAGCAACACCAUGGGGUAUACCGGCCAACAUCAGAGUAACCCACCAAUACCCGUGCAGCACCCCAGGUUACAGGCUCUGAAAGAGGAACCACAGACUGUACCUGAAAUGCCUGGGGAGACUCCUCCACUGUCCCCUAUUGACAUGGAGUCCCAGGAAAGGAUAAAGGCUGAAAGGAAGCGUAUGAGGAAUAGAAUCGCAGCAUCUAAAUGCAGAAAAAGGAAACUGGAGAGGAUUUCCAGGUUGGAAGACAAAGUUAAAAACUUAAAAUCCCAGAACUCUGAACUGGCAUCCACUGCCAACAUGCUUAGAGAGCAAGUAGCCCAGCUCAAACAAAAAGUCAUGAAUCAUGUCAACAGUGGGUGUCAGCUAAUGUUAACACAGCAGAUGCAAACAUUCUGAAAAGGCUUCUUUGGGAAAGAGAUGUGAGAAUUAUUUUGUGGAGGGAAAUAGUUUCAUGUUGAAACUCCCUGGCUCAAAAUGAAAGGCACUGAGACCUGACUGUUCUACGUGCGUGUGCGGGGAGUCCUGACAAGCCUUUAGGUGGAGCCUGUGGCAAUGCAACAAGCAGUAUCACUUGUCAAGUGCUGUUCCUGCUCUAAUGAAACAUCAGAUACAUGUUUAACAUUGACCAAGACCUGCAUGGACCUAACAUUCGAUGAUCAUUCAGUAUUAAGAAAAGGUUAAACUGCUAGAGACACUAGAUUGCUUCCGUAGUUUUCUUACAAAGGGAGGGUGUGGGAGGGAGGCAUACGGGACAUUGAAAAGUAAAAUUAAUGACAAAUCUGCCUGCCUUCUACAUAACUGUGUAUGUGUACAUAUUUGUUUUUUUUAUUAUAAUAUUAAGAAAAACUGAAUUAUUUCAGUAAAAUUGCUUCAAGCAUUUGUAAGUUAUUUUUAUGUUUGGGUUAAUAAACCCACUACUUUCUGUAAAUAAGAGAUAUUGAGCACUCUUGAGUUUACCAUUUGUAAUAAAGUAUAAUAAUUUUCUAUGUUUUUGUUUCUAAGGACAAUUCCAGACGUUCAAUUAUAUUUAAGAUAUUAAAUAAAAGAUGUGGAAAUUAGAUUUUUUUAUUUAUAUUGAUAUUUUUUUUUACACUGCAAUAAACGUGCAUGUUAAACUAU